AUUGCAGAAACACUAAAUGAUGAACAGUUGUUUGUUGUUAGUAUAUCUUUCAUUACUGAGCACCUCAGAUGUUUCUUAUGGUGCUCGUAUUCUUUCAAAGGACAGAACUAUACCAGUAAUUGGUCAGCCACCGACUCUAACAUACAACAAUAAUGAGAUAACAAACAUCACUAAUAAAAUUAGUUUCAUGGUGAAGUCAUCUACAGAGGGAGUGUGUUUGAAGAACCAUGGAAAGUGUGGCUCUGCAAAAGGAAAUCAUGUCACGAGAAUUUCGUCAAAUGUAAUCGCACUUGAAAUACCUUCAUUUAAUGCAAAACGGCAUGCUGGUGCUUGGAUAGUAUUUCAAGGAUCCACUGUAUUUUCAAAUUAUUUGAAUUUAACACCUCCAUUUGCAGUAGAGCUGUUGAACACGUCAAUCCAUGUUGCCGAUGCCCUUCCUACACAGGAACAGAUUGACUCUAAAGCAGAUUUUAAUGUCAGCAUCUCCAUUGAUUGCACAUAUCCUACUGUGAACAUGUAUUGGGUGUUUGGUAAAAGUCAAACACUGGCUCCAGUUAUUACCACUGAUGAUUCUAGCUGUACCCCUCCACAAAAAAAGACAUUCGGUGUUCUUACAAUGAAAUACACAACUGUAAAAGGUCGUGAAAGUGUCACUGUGCAGUUGGUUCACCCAUCUUUUGAGAAUGGUGUUCGUAACAUACAGAUUGGUUAUGCUGUUUUUCCAGAUGAUCCAGAGCGCAUGUCUGCUUUAAGUGCAGGUGCUAUAUCGGGAAUUGUGAUCGCUGUUGUUCUUGCUCUUGCCAUUCCUACUGUGUGGAUACUUUAUAAGAGGAAAAUCAAGAAGAAAGCUAAAGAUGUGCUGAAUGAAUCUAAUAACUAACGGAAACCAAAAUCAAGCUCACAACUCUGCUAACGUUAGAACACCAGUUUUCUUUUUUUCAAUUUGUAUGAAACUGCAUCAGUAAAUACGGCUCUUUGUUUGUUAGGUGUUCCAGUAUUUUACAUUUGGUUGGAUUUUUAAAAUAAAAUUGCUGCUGAAAGUAGAGUAUCGUAGUCAGAAGUGCAGUAUUUCACAAGUUUUACAUUCUUUGUCAAAAAUAACAAUUGUUUGUUUGCAUAAAACGGUAACUGAUGAAUUGGCUUGUAACUGUAUAAUGAAUAAUGUUAAAAUGCAUAUACAAACAUUAUUAGUUUUAAACUCAUAAUAUUUUCACAAAUAAAAAGGGGAGGGGCAUACAAAUUAUAAACUAUAUACAUUAUAUCUUAAAAUGCUGAAACAGAGAGUUUAGGCAGUUUUACCUGAAUUGUUACUUAUAAUCAAUCAAGCAGUACGAGGACAUUAAAGGCAGAAUUGCAUGUGCAAUUACUUCAUUUAGCUGUUUCAUUUAUACAACGUGUUUUUGUCCUAAUGUUUUAACAGACAAUACCUGAUUUUGCCUUCCAGUAAUUUCGAACGUAUAUUCGAAAGAUAUAUAUAUAUUACAAAAUAAAAUGAAAAAUGACUGCUAAAACAUUAGGACACCUACACUAGAUACACAGACGCUGGUAUUCAAAACAAGAACAUGUAUUUAAUAUGUAAUUUUAAUCACAAGAAAACUGUUCAUCGAAAGAGUUAAGAAUUGUUUCAUUUGUUUACACUGAUAAUGCUCAUCGGUUCCCAUUUCAUGCAAACGGGCUAUACAAAUCACUUGACCUCACAUACUGUAUGUGUAUAAAUAACUCGGGAAUAUCAGAAUUGUAAAGUUAAUGAAAAAACAAGUGUCGAAGCUGCCAUUAUGCAAAUUUGACAUUGCGUUUUUAAGAUGGUUUACGGUUUUUAAUGUGAUUUUUAUUGAUAUUACAAAAUACAAAAACAAUAUGUUCGAAACUUUUUCUGAAAACAAUGAUGUCUCGUACUUGACUUAAUUUUAAUGUUUUCAGUACCUACAUUAUACAGCAAAUAAUACAAAUUAUGUCAACAUUCAAGGCGACACCAUAUGAAUUAUUUCACUAUUCAAGAGUCCACUCUUGCUCCUUUUCCUUUAACCAAAACUAAUUUUGAUGCGGAUGUUUGUGUUUUUUGUGUGUGUGUUUUUUUUAUGAAAUUGAAGGAGCAUUUAUUGGGAAUGAAAACAUGUAAUGUCAUCAUCUGGUAUUGCCCAUUGCGCUAUAUUUACUGGGAAUUUAAACAUGUAAUGUCAUCAUCUGGUAUUGCCCAUUGCGCUAUAUUUACUGGGAAUGAAAACAUGUAAUGUCAUCAUCUGGUAUUGCCCAUUGCGCUAUAUUUACUGGGAAUUUAAACAUGUAAUGUCAUCAUCUGGUAUUGCCCAUUGCGCUAUAUUUACUGGGAAUUUAAACAUGCAAUGUCAUCAUCUGGUAUUGCCCAUUGCGCUAUAUUUACUGGGAAUUUAAACAUGCAAUGUCAUCAUCUGGUAUUGCCCUUUGCGCUAUAUUUACUGGGAAUUUAAACAUGUAAUGUCAUCAUCUGGUAUUGCCCAUUGCGCUAUAUUUACUGGGAAUUUAAACAUGUAAUGUCAUCAUCUGGUAUUGCCCAUUGCGCUAUUUUUCGUUCCAGCCAGUGCACCACGACUGGUAUGUCAAAGCCCGUGGUAUGUGAUAUCCUGUCCGAGGGAUGGUGCAUAUAAAAGAUCCCUUGCUACUAAUGGAAAAAUGUAGCGGGUUUCCUCUCUAAGACUAUAUGUCUAAAUUAUAUAAUGUUUGACAUCCAAUAGCUGAUAAUUAAUAAACCAGUGUGUUCUAGUGGUGUCAAUAAACAAAUCAACUUUACAGGGUUCAUCUGGUAUUUGACUACAACUUGUCUGGUUAAAACUACUUUAUCUCAAAGUUAAGCUUUAAAGUAAAGUGGCUGUCCAUAAACGUAGGUGUACCUAUUAAAUAUAGAUAUGACAUGUUCAUACUAUGUAUGAAUGGGCACACUCAUACCACUGCUAUUUUACAGCAAACAAUACUUGUAGUUUCCCAAAUAGCAAACUUGCGAUGGGUUUUAUACUGUCAUAUUACAUAAAACAUACAUUCAAAUUUUGAAACUAUAUAUCAGUGGUUACAUGCCAGUAGUUGACAUAUAUUAUAAAUGCGCACUAACAUUGAAGAAUUCCAUUACCUAUAUCAAUUGUUCUUAAUGUAUAUAGUUAGAUGCGUCGCUGUUACGUGAGUUCCUUCGACAGACUUUAGAUGGUUUGCGUUUUUAUCAUUACACUUUGUACACUUAGACCUGGAGCCAAGGGUUCAUUUUAUUAGAUGUUUUUCUCAAUCCAUCCAACUUGUUUCAAAUCUUUUAAAACCCGACCCUGUCAUCAAUAGCUACCCCUACUAUUAUUAUCCAGCAUAUGCAGAUUUAUCCCCCCCCCCCCCCCCCCCCCCCCCCCCCCC